AGCGUGGACGUGGUUGAUGUGCUGCCUGGUCCCAUCUGGCACAUAAUUUUCCGCCUCCUGCUGCUGCCGCCAGCCAAUUCCUCCCAGCUGCAAAAACGGGGCGACUCUUGUGAAAAAUCACCGUCACCGGCAGCAUACAGCAAUUUGUGUGACCUGGUGGAUCAGCUUCCUGCACGCGAUACUGAUUCGCUGCAGAAUGGAGCAGGCAGCACCUCAUGUGCUCCUAGCUGCCCGCUUUCUGCCAGCGAGCAGCAUGAGGAGAACGCGAGGCGCUUCGGCUCCUCGUGGCCUCUGCUGCGCUGUGCCAUGGCCAGCAAGCGACUCUUCGAACUUGUUACCUCCUUUUCC